AUGCCGGAAAUGGAGGGACACGGUCUCAAGAGGACCCACGACGAGUACUCGGGCGAUGAGGUCGCCAUCGACGACCGCGGCCUUGAUGCCGGCGUCAAGCAGCAGGCCACCGACGGCGUCGUCCAGGCCAGCAAAGCCAUGUCCCCCUCUAUUCAGAUCACCUGCGGCUCUUCACCUCUGAGCAGCCCGGCCUCCCUCACCGACCCGGGCACCAGCACCCCCGCCCGCGACUCCCCGUCCCCGAAUCCCACGCCGACCAAGAACGCCUCACCCCUGAAGCAGACCACCAACGCCGCCCCUACGUCGAAUCCUUCCGCCUCGGCACCUACGUCCUCGGCAGCCCAGACCCCGGCCAAGAGGAAGCGCAAGACCGCCGCCGAAAAGGAGGCCGAAGAGAAAGAGAAGGCACAGAAGAAGAAGGAGCGCGAGGAAAAGAAGGCCAAGGCCGACGCAGAAAAGGAGGCCGAGGAGAAGGAGAAGGCACAGCGGAAGAAGGAGCGCGAGGAGAAGAAGGCAAAGGCCGAUGCGGAGAAGCAGGCUCAGAAGGCCGAAAAGGCAAAGGCCGAUGCCGAGAAGCAAGCAGCGCUCGAAAAGAAGGAGCGUGCCCAGCCCAAACUCAUGGCGUUCUUCUCGAAAGCGCCGGCGACGCCCAAGAAGGAGCCCGCUGCUGUUCCUGUCGAGACGGAGAGCCCGGCCAAGGCGGCUGCUGCUCCCGAGUCAACACCAGUGCAGCAGAUGAAGGAGGAGAAGUCGGAGUAUGAGAAGCGGUUCAAGCCUUUCUUCGUCCACGAGACGGUGCGCAUGGCGAAGAGCCCGUUCGAGAUGGACGAGGAGACGCACGCUGCCAAGACAACAAUUCUCCAGGAGUACUUCGACGGCAAGAGGACGGUAGCGGAGCAGGCCAAAUUCGAUCCCGUCGAGAUCUUCCAUCUGCCCUGUCGCCCUGCUCCCCGUGGCAGGAUCUACACACCAGUCAAGCACACCGUGGAGAAGAUGCGGAAGCUCACACAAAACGCAGAAGGUGCCGGUGAGGAGGACACGAAAGUAAUCAUGAAGGAGACCACAGACGCCCUCAGCAAAAUCCCCAUGAAGGCUUUGCGAUUCUGGCAAGACGUCCGUCCGCCUUACAAGGGAACGGUGACACUCAAGCCCUACCAGGCAGGCAAGGCCGGCAUGCGACGGCUGGCACGAAAGCCAACCUCCCGCAACCUGAUGCCCGCCGUCAACUACGACCACGACUCCGAGGCCGAAUGGGAAAGCGAAGGCGAAGAUGUGGACAUUGACGACGACGACGAGGAAGAUCUUGAGGGCGACGGCGAAGACAUGGACGAAUUCCUUGACGACUCGGAGGACACUGGUCCCGCUCGAUUUGUUAGCGCCAACGGCCUCGAACCAGAAAGCUCCGGGCUCUGUUGGGAGGAUCGCAAACGCAUGGGUCCGAACCGGUCGACAUACAAACACAGGAUGGAAUUCAUUCUCGACCUAGACCAUCACUCCGGUAUCGACCCCUUCUCGACCAAAUACUGGGAGCCCGAGCCGAAAUCGAAGGCUGCCAAGACCGCGAACCAGACGGCACCUACCUCCGCGCCGGCCAAUGCUUUCCAGGCAUUAGGCACCAAGAACUCGACACCGUCGCUACCGAAGAAGAUGCUGGAGAACAAUCACUUGCAGGAGCUCAAGAAGGUCAUCCAGGCGAACCCCAAGAUUGCCAAGGGCGGCCUGAUUGAUCUUUCAUACGUUGCGCUUGCCCACGCCAAGGUCUCCCGCAACGACAUUAAGGAGGCAAUUGCUACAGUCGCCGAGCGUGCUGGCGGCCAGGGCAAGAACGGCACGUGGGUUAUUAAGCCCCUUUACCUCGACUGA